GGACCUUAAUCGCGGGCGGACCAGUCUGUGACUGCAGAACAAGCACUUGCCCUUACACUUGCAUGCAGUGGAUUUGACCUCAUCUUUAGCCAUAACUAUUAUUUAGCAAUAAAGGACAUUACAGCAUCACAAUGUCUCUUGCGGCAGAGGCUUUCGUGUCGCAGAUGGCAGCUGCUGAGCCUUGGCCUGAAUCUGCCACCUUGUACCAACCGCUGAAGGAGGAUCAGAUUCUGCUGUCAGACUGCGCCUCAUCUCUUGCUGUUCAGACCUACCUCAGGAUGUGCGGUCUACCAGUGCAGGUGGUUUGCAGAGCAAAUGCUGAAUACAUGUCACCUUCUGGGAAGAUUCCCUUCAUCCACGUAGGGAACCAGGUGGUGUCGGAACUCGGGCCGAUAGUGCAGUUCACUAAAGCUAAGGGUAAUUCUCUGAGCGACGGCUUAGAGGAUGUUCAGAGAGCUGAAAUGAAAGCGUACAUGGAGCUGGUCAACAACAUGCUGCUUACUGCUGAGCUGUACAUCCAGUGGUGUGACGACGCUACGGCUGCCGAGAUCUCGCGUCCCAGAUACAGCAGUCCUUACUCGUGGCCUCUCAGUAACAUCCUCGCCUAUCAGAAGCAGUGGGAGGUUCGCAGGAAGAUGAACGCCGUCGGCUGGGGAGGGAAAACCCUGGAGCAGGUUUAUGAGGAUGUGAGUCAGUGCUGCCAGGCUCUCUCCCAGCGGCUGGGAACACAACCAUACUUCUUCAAUAAACAGCCCACAGAACUGGAUGCGUUGGUGUUCGGUCACCUCUUCACCAUACUGACCACCAGACUGACCAGCACUGAGCUGGCAGAGAGGAUCAAGAGCUACAGCAACCUGCUGUCCUUCUGCAGACGCAUCGAACAGACCUACUUUGAAGACAAGAGCUCCUGAAGGGAAAUGAAACCUCUCACCUGUAUGAUUCUUCUUAUUAUAAUGAUGAUCUCGUGCUGUACAUUCGGUCCCUCCUCCUCUCAUUCCCUCGCUGUAGCACUGAGAAGCUAAAAUCUGCUUCUCUUCACACGCCUGUCCCUUUUCGUGAUUCUUGCUGUCCUUUUCUCUUUUGCGUGGUACUUGUACGUUGUUGCAUGCUGCUGAUAGGAGACCAGGUGAGCCAGUUAUGGAUUAAGAUGUGUCUACUGCAUUCAGAUAAAUAGACCUGAAAGUCAUGCAAGCUCCUUCUUUAGACACACAUGUAUAUAUCUAAAGCAAAAAGAUAAUUUAACACAAAAUAAAUCCUGACUUUCACGAGAAGAACACAAUCUGAUCUGCAUAACUCUUUCAGUUGAGCUGCUGCAGGAAGCCACCAAACGAGUUUUCACAGAGCCUUUACAUUUCCAGCAUUAUGUGAAUGAAAUAAGAAUACUGACGAUGGUAAUGAGACUCUUCUGUCCCAGAAGGAGGUCGGAUGUCGGGGUUAGCUGCAGAUGAUCUGACAGGGAUUCAGCGUCAGGCUCAAGGACACUUCAGCAGGGUGGAUGCUUCAUGAGCUUAGACUUAAUUUAUCUGCUCCUAUUGUUUGCUGUCUCCUCUGACGUCAUGGUGCAGAUACCUGCAGACUCAGAGAGGUUGGAUUUUUACAGCUGUGUGACACGGCUGCCUUUCACUUAGACGACGCAGUGCUGCUUUUCUUCUGUAUAAAAGAAAGAGGUGAACAUAAUGAAGAGGAUGUGACUUAAUCUUUAGUUUUCCACCAUUGUUUUUUCUUUGUGUGAAUUGAAAGUGCCUACAGAAUAAAAGUCAUUAAGUUCAACAUGC